GUGGCUAGGAGCAUUGAAUUUCUCUUUCUGCUCCAAACGAACCAUCGGCGGAUAAAGCGCAAGUUUGUGUCUUCGGUCCACGGAGGGAUUGCAAACCACGAAAACAGAAAGUGUCCAGUGGGAUGCGGAGUUUGCCCAGAUUUCCCUGCGGAUGGGUUUGCGGAAACGCCUGUGAUGUGAACUUUCUGCAGAUUGUGUAAUUCUUCCUGCAGGAUGAAUUAAGAGAAGAAGAUCCUUAUACCUUAGGAAUGGAGAGCAGUUUGUCAGUUUCCAAUAUGCAAGACCCUUCGUCUUCUCCCUUGGAGACACAUCAGAGCUCAGCUAAUGGCACUGGAGAGCUUGAUUCAGAAGAAGGUUCAAGCUUGGAGGAAAUCGGCUUUAACUGGGGCGAGUACUUGGAAGAAAUGGGUGCCAGUGCGGCCCCUCACACAUCGUUCAAACACGUUGAAAUCAGCAUUCAGAGCAACUUCCAGCCAGGGAUGAAAUUGGAAGUGGCCAAUAAGAACAACCCGGACACAUACUGGGUGGCCACUGUCAUCACCACCUGCGGGCAGCUGCUGCUUCUGCGCUACUGUGGUUACGGGGAGGACCGCCGUGCCGACUUCUGGUGUGACGUGGUGAUAGCGGACCUGCACCCCGUGGGCUGGUGCACGCAGAACAACAAGGCCCUGAUGCCCCCGGAUGCCAUCAAAGAGAAGUACACAGACUGGACAGAAUUUCUCAUUCGUGAUUUGACUGGUUCCCGGACAGCACCUGCCAACCUCCUGGAAGGUCCUCUGCGAGGGAAAGGCCCUAUAGACCUCAUUACAGUUGAUUCCUUAAUAGAACUUCAGGAUUCUCAGAACCCUUUUCAGUACUGGAUAGUUAGUGUGAUUGAAAAUGUUGGAGGAAGAUUACGCCUUCGCUAUGUGGGAUUGGAGGACACUGAAUCCUAUGACCAGUGGUUGUUUUACUUGGAUUACAGACUUCGACCAGUUGGUUGGUGUCAAGAGAAUAAAUACAGAAUGGACCCACCUUCAGAAAUCUAUCCUUUGAAGAUGGCCUCUGAAUGGAAAUGUGCUCUGGAAAAAUCCCUUAUUGACGCUGCAAAGUUUCCUCUUCCAAUGGAAGUAUUUAAGGAUCAUGCAGAUUUGCGAAGCCAUUUCUUCACAGUUGGGAUGAAGCUAGAAACAGUGAAUAUGAGUGAGCCUUUUCACCUCUGUCCUGCAUCAGUGACCAAGGUUUUUAACAAUCAUUUUUUUCAAGUGACUAUUGACGAUCUAAGACCAGAACCUAGUAAAAUCUCAAUGCUGUGCCAUGCGGACUCUUUGGGCAUCUUACCAGUACAAUGGUGCCUUAAAAAUGGAGUCAGUCUCACACCUCCCAAAGGUUACUCUGGCCAGGACUUUGACUGGGCAGAUUAUCACAAGCAGCACGGAACAGAAGAAGCGCCUCCUUUCUGCUUCAAAAAUACAUCAUUCAGUCGGGGUUUCACAAAGAACAUGAAACUUGAAGCCGUGAACCCCAGGAAUCCAGGAGAACUUUGCGUGGCCUCUGUCGUCAGUGUGAAGGGGAGGCUGAUGUGGCUUCAUCUGGAAGGUCUGCAGACUCCUGCUCCAGAGUUUAUUGUUGAUGUUGAAUCCAUGGACAUCUUCCCAGUGGGCUGGUGUGAAGCGAAUUCUUACCCUCUGACCACACCUCACAAAACAGUCUCACAAAAGAAGAGAAAGAUUGCAGUUGUGCAACCAGAAAAACAAUUGCCAUCCGCGAUGCCUGCUGACAAAAUACCUCAUGACCUUUGCUUAUUCCCUCACUUGGACACAACAGGUACUGCCAAUGGGAAAUACUGCUGUCCUCAGCUUUUUAUCAAUCACAGAUGUUUCUCAGGCCCUUACCUAAACAAGGGGAGAAUCGCAGAGCUACCUCAGUCCGUGGGACCAGGCAAAUGUGUGCUGGUCCUCAAAGAGGUUCUUAGCAUGAUAAUCAAUGCAGCUUACAAGCCUGGGAGGGUAUUGAGGGAAUUGCAACUCGUGGAAGACCCACACUGGAAUUUCCAGGAGGAGACACUGAAGGCAAAGUACAGAGGCAAAACAUACAGGGCCGUGGCCAAGAUCGUACGAACAUCAGACCAAGUAGCGGAUUUCUGCCGACGGGUUUGUGCCAAGCUGGAAUGCUGUCCAAAUUUGUUCAGUCCUGUGCUGGUUUCUGAAAACUGCCCAGAAAACUGCUCCAUUCAUACCAAAACCAAAUACACCUAUUAUUACGGAAAACGAAAGAAGAUCAUUAAGCCCCCUAUUGGGGAAAGCAACAUUGAAAGCGGACCCCUUAAACCAGCCAGGCGUAGGAAACGGCGAAAAUCCAUUUUUGUGCAGAAGAAACGGAGGUCUUCUACUGUGGACUUUGCUGCAGGCUCGGGGGAGGAAAGUGAAGAGGAGGAUGCAGAUGCCAUGGACGAUGACACUGGGAGCGAGGAAACCGGCUCUGAGCUCCGGGAUGACCAGACCGACACCUCUUCAGCUGAGGUUCCCUCCACCCGGCCUCGGAGAGCUGUCACCCUGCGGAACAGCUCUGAGCCAGAGCGCCGGCCACCCAUGGAGAGGGCAAGACGGGCCCGGAGAGUGCAGGCCAGCUCGUGUGCUGAGGGCGGGGACAAGGGCCUGGCAGCCGGCCAGGACACAGCAGAGGAAAUAAAGCAGGAGGAGGGGGAGAGACUGGUUCUGGAGAGCAACCCCCUGGAGUGGACGGUGACCGAUGUGGUGAGGUUCAUUAAACUGACAGACUGUGCCCCUUUGGCCAAAAUAUUUCAGGAGCAGGACAUCGACGGCCAGGCGCUCCUGCUGCUGACGCUCCCGACGGUGCAGGAGUGCAUGGAGCUGAAGCUGGGGCCCGCCAUCAAGUUGUGCCAUCAGAUCGAGAGAGUCAAAGUGGCUUUCUACGCCCAGUAUGCCAACUGACUGCCCGCUGCGCCUCAGCCGUGCAGUGUCCUGGGAAGGCUCUCAGGACUGGAACGCUGAUUUUUCUGGGAGACGUGAGAUAGUUCAUACACUGUCACCGACAAGCAAGAAGCACGAGAGACCUCCUUCAUCCUCCAGCCUAUUUCGUAGUUCCUUGUUUUUAAAGCACAGCCCAGGGCCACAGCAGUGGCCUCUGGAGUGUGUAAAUUAAAGUUGUGUGUCAGACCCUGCGGGAUAUGAAAGAGCUUCUUUGUGUAUCCACAUCUCGCCUUUCUCCCGCCCCAGAGCAGGCAGCUUCCUGUGAACAAGGUCCUAAAACAAGGACCUUGAAAACGAAGGUGCAGUUGAUGUCUCUGUGAGUGUGACUGAGGGGGUGCCUGGCUGGCGGUUUCUGUUCUACUCCUGAGGCGCAUUUCGAGAUGCUUCUUUCACAUCGGUACAUGUGUGGCUGUCAUCGCAGUUUGAUCUUGGUGGCAACUCAUUUCUCAAACACAACUGUAGGCGAUGUUUCAGGAUGUAGUUAUAAAAAGAUAGACUGAACCUGCAUCGCCUGUCAGAGGUGCCUUUUGGGAAGCACGGGGACUGAAGGAAAGUGGCGUGUCAUUGCAGUGAGACAGUUUUCCCUGAGUGAUGGACGUCUAGAAAGUCUGUAGAGAGGACUUCUUUUUGCAGGUUCUUUUAUGGAACCUCAACUAUCACUAACAUUCUAACUGAAUUGUGACCAGACCAGGGAGAGACUCCUGUAGUCUCUUGGGAAAGGGUGAGUUGUAUGUUGAAGGGAAAGCUUAAUUUCAGAGAGGAGUGAGAAGAGAGUUGAGGGGAGCUUUUUAUAAACCAGCUAUAGCCCCUUGGCAGGAUCCCUGGGGCAGGAUCCUAAAGAGAUUCCCUUUGGGCAUCUCUCUUGUUCGGUUCAGGUCUCUCGAGGAUGAGCGAGCACUGGACCUGGAGUUGGCCCGGUCCUUACCUGGGGUGGCAAAUUACAAACUCUGAUCUUGGGUGACUUCGGAGUCACUCUGGACUCAUUCUUGCAAAGGGACAGGUUGGAACACUUAGGAGUAAGCACACGUCCCCUGCUUCUGCUAAGGGAAGAGCCCAGGUUGGUCAAAAUGAGAAGAAGAGUAAAUGAACAAGAAGGGUGUGACUGCAGUUUUUAACUCUGUAAUUCCUGUGGCUCACUCUGGCUUUCAGGUUGCUUAUGACAUUUCUUAGACAAUUUUCAUUGAAUCAGUGAAGUCAUUUGCAGAAAGCUCUGCGGCUCUCAGCACUCGUUGGUCUUUUGUACCAAGCACUUCAUGUGUGUAUGUCCCCGAGUGACCCAGUAUACGUGUUCAAACCCAAAUGGGCUGUUACAUUGUUACAGCAGUCACCCAAAUGCCUUUUCAAACAUACACAAGGAAGCCAAACCUUCAGAUUGUUCAUGCAUGGACACGAAAAGCACAGGCUACACACCCUUCCGUUACUGUUUUCACUAUACCGUGUUUCCCGAAAAUAGGACCUCGCUGGACAAUCAGCUCUAAAGCGUCUUU